ACACCGUCUCAUCGAAUCCUCUCACCAGCCCGUGUACUGAUCCUAUUAUUAUUCAGCGAUUCUUGUGCUGAUGUGGUCAUUAGUUAAUAAUUCUGUGUGUAUUGGUCCCCAUCUGCUUCCUAAUUGAGGAAUUGGUUAGGGGAUUUAGUGCUUAGUACUUUGGAACAAAUUUAGGGGCAAAAACUUCAGGUCUAGUUUGGUCCCAACCUGGCAAUCUAAACAACUGGGUUGGUAAUUUGGUGGCGUUUAGGAUCUGAUGGCGUGUUGAUAAUUUAAUCUCACGGGUGGGAUGCGUCGCCGAUUAAACUAUUGGGUUGGUAACUUGGUGCUGUUUAGGGUCUUGUGACCCCAUUAAUUUAGUCCCGUUGGUACUAUUUAAAGAAAGUUGUUGGUGUGGACAACUGACUCCCUUGGGUAGGGUUUGGUUUUUUCUAUGGAAUAUUCAGCAUCCUGCAGAAUCUUUCGCAUGAUUGAUGGAGUUUUGAAGUUUCUUCAGCUGCAUCCUCAGUCCGAGCUCUUACUGCACUGAGAUGCAACUUUUUGCAAAACAUUGCUAUUUCCCAGCAACCAAAUACAAGACCAUUUCCGCAUUUCGUAAGAUCUAAUCAAGUUUAUCACUUAUUGUUGCUGAUGGUGAUACAAAGGAGGCUUCAAACUAGCAUAGAUGUUAUUUCAUGGGUCAUUCCUUUAGGCAAGCCCAUCUGGAAUUGAAAUCAGGUCAUAGCAUUUGAUUUGAUUGAUUUAGUUUUCCGCCUGUUUCUGAAUAUGCAUUUCUUCUUUUUUUUCUUUGUUAUACAUCUAGAGGAUUGCACAAGGAACUGACAUGAGUAGCAAAUAAAAGUUGAACUGAGAAUGGUUGUAACUGUGUUUUCUCAGAACAUUUGAAGCUUUGUUUCCUUUUUGAAGUAGGAAACUUUAUAUAUUUAGGAGAGAUAUUUUUUCUUAAAAUAGAAGACAUUAAUCCUUUAAUGGCACCAGUAUUGUCUGUUACACUGAAAAUGUCCUUGCUAACUUGCACUGGUGAUUUUGAACUGGAUCUCAAAGCGAAGUCUCACUAAUGUUUUGCAAGCUGACUUAUUGGUGAAUAAGUAAAACAAUCUAUGUUAUUGAUUUAUUCCUUUAAUCUCUAAAUGAACCAAGAACAUGGAAUGCUAAGUGCAAUCCUGAUCCAGAAGAGAUCUUCCAUUUGGAUGUUUCAAUUCUAUAGCUGUGUAUUUGAUAUUUUUCUACUGUCUUCCACAAUAGAACUAUCAAUGCCAUCAGUCAAUGGAAUUGAAAUAUAGGAAUUGUAAGUGACAAAUCAAAGGGACAGCUGCUGUUUUGUUUAACACCUUAGCAGAAAGUUGGUGUUCCAAAGUCUCAUUCAGUUCACAUGUUUGAUCUACAAAUAAUCAUUAUAUUAUGGAUUCUUUUGACCUCACAUGUGUGCAAUACGACCAGGAGGCAUGUGCACAUUAUUGGAAUUAUGUCUCAUGUGCCUUAUCCAUUAAACAAUAUGAUCCUAGUAGUAGAUCAAUUUGGGAAGUAUAUUAGAAGUUUAGAACCAUCAUCAAGGUUGAGUGAGUAUGCCCUGAAUGAUGAGAAAAAUGAAACAUGUGCUGUCCAAAUGAAGUUAAUGUUUGUUGUGUGAUGGGCCUAGAUUGGUUGGAGGUGGAUUGCAUAGAUUGUAGGGAAAGUAGGGAGUAGAGGAGGGAUGGAAGGGAGAUGGAAGCCCAUGGUUGCUUGUACGCCAAGGGUGGCCGGUGGCAUAGGGCUAGUGCAUGGGCUGGCAACAACAUAGGUGGGGGCCGGGCAACAUAGGGGCUAGAGAGUUGAAAGCUUUAAGAAUUGAAUCCUCUAUUUCUUUUCUUGAAUAUUAUGAUUACAUGUCCCCUUUAUUUAAUCUUCUUAUGACUUGAACUCUAAGUAGUCUAGGGCUAGAGUCCUUAUAGAUCUGGACUCUAUUUUUCCUCAACAAUCUCUAUUUCCCAAAAUUGAUUUUUUUUCCUUAUCCUAUUUCUAAUUAGAGUUGGAUCUGGACUCCUUUGGGGAGGUAGCUGGCUAGCUAGUAGAGGCCGCUACUCCCCCUAGGCGCUUGACCAAGCCUUACCCGACCCUAGCAAUCCACUAGGCUGUGCUAGGCCCCCCACCUUGGGCCCGUUUAGACCCAUGGCAUCCCCUAUCCUGGUAAUCCUCUAGGUCAUGCUGAACCCACCACCUUGGGCCCAUUUAGACCCAUCGCAUCCUUUCCCCUUUGCCAUGUCCACCCACUGAACAAUUGACUAGUUGGAGACGCCACGUACCGUUGACCAAUUGGAGUUAUUGUCUGUAGGAUGAGCCAUCAUUAGUACUCCCUCCACAUGUACGUGAAGUCGUUCCACCACUAUGAUAGAGGGAUGAUUUUGUCAUGUCCUAUCAAUGAUGAGGUGGUGGUGGUGGUGGCGAAGUGGUCCAAUGUAGGUGCAAAGUAAGAAGUCAUGGGAGGUUGGGGCCAUCACGUCGGCGCAAAUAGCUUGUGUCCUUGGGUCUAUUGAAGGCGUGCCCUAGUUAGCCUUUCUUGUGGAGGAUGUAGCUUGGCGUCAUGAGGCAUAUGGUUCUGCUGCGAGAAGGCGGAGUUGCGGUGACAUCGAGGAGCUCACUGAAGAUGUUGUCGAAGUAGUAGCUGCAAGAUGGAUAGGCAACUUGUCGUGGUGUUGAAGCUGAUGAAGAUGUGGCUGAUGGCGAGUUACUAGCACUCGAUGAUGUUGUAGAAGACCACACUAUUGUUGUCCAUUGUGCCCUGUAGCCACUCUUGGGUCAUGAUGUUUGCUGGCAAGGUGCGCAGUAGCAUUGAUGCUACACCAGUUUUUGAUGGCUAAUAGCGAGAAGGCGGAGCCGUCUGAACAUACCCGGUGAGGAGAUAUUCUAAUGGAUUCGACAGUAGUAGUGAUGAUGCUGGGAGGUAGAAGCAUCCACCGAGAAGAUGACCCCAUCUUCCAUGAACCAAGCUCGAGCAACUAUAACGAUGUUGAUGGUGUCGGUGAUGAAGCGAAGUUUGGGUAUUUCUAUGAUUGGGUCUGGCAGUCAGAGGUGGUCAUGGUACUAGGGGUGCUUCGUGGAGUUGAGGAAGAGCAAACAUUGGUGUUGGAAGAGCAAAGACAAUAUGUGGCACUAUCCUAGUGUGGACUCUCGUGAAAGCCAUGGUGUGGUGGUCUUUCUUGAAAGACUUAAGCAUGGCAAAGUUCCACAAGGUGAGGCCAAGGGAAGUCAACCAUAGUGUGCAGUUAAAGACAUUUGUAUUAGCGUUAAGAUUCACCAAGAAGUCAUCAAUCCAUAAUAUCUCAUUGUUGACGAGGAGUGCUAAGUUGAAACAAGCUCCACAACAGACAAUACAACUAUCUUUGCUGAUUAAGAUUUUUGUUUCGAUGUGGUGUUCAGUGAGUCCUGCUAGCCUAGUGAAGUUGGCGUCGAUGAUGUGCGUGGCGCUGGUGUCAAUGAGGAUGUAUACUCUGUUAUCGAGGAUGGCUCUAGCGAGGAACAUUUCUCCACCCAUGUAUGCUUGGCUCUUGGUCACUCAUGAGCUUCAUCAAGCUUGGCUCAAUGUCUUCCAGGUCAUAGCCGUUCACCACAAUGAUAUCGAACAAGUGCUUGCACUUGUGCCCUCAAGGUGAACUACUCGUCAUAGUUGAAACAUAGGUAGCCCAAUGUUGUUCCGCCAUCUCCUCUAUUGUGAGAUGUUUGAAGGUACGGUGCGGUGAUGUGGCCUAUGCUACUAUAGUCGUUGUUAGGGUUGAAGGUGUGGGUGCAGUAGCAGGUCUCAGCUUAGGCACAUGUUGAGGUUGGGCACCAUCCUUGUUGUUCCGGUGGAUGUUGACUAGGCAAAGUCAACAACGACGACGCUGCAUCACUCGUAUGCCCUAGAUAGAGACAUUGUUGUCUCCAUGUCCUUGGGACUGUGUAGCUCGAUGUUAGUCUUAAGUGGUUCCCGCUAUGUAGAUGUUAACUUGCUAGAGCUCGUCGAGGGGUCUCACAUGUGUCAUGUGAGGAAGUGCUCGGUGAAGGAGGACCAAAUUUCUUGUUGACACAAUGAGAGUAGUCCCGGUCAUUGAUUGCCUUUUCUUGUGCGAGGCACAUGUACCACUGUUGCACACCUCCUGUUAAAUGAAAAGAUGCAUACCACACCUUUUUGUUGUCGAGGAUCCACUGGUCUUGAAGAACUGCUCACAACGAUUCAACCACGGCAGUGGGUACUCCUUGCCAUUGAAGGUUGAGAAGGACAACUUGUGCUAGUGCGGUUGGAAUAUGGGAUAGGAGAUCGGUGCACAUGAUUCUUUCACCGGCAGGGGUGCCUCAACCUUUGGGGAUGGGCCGUUCUUUGGCAGUGUGGCAAACACUGUGUUCGUCAUCUACUGGGUGAUCUUUGAGACGCCCGAGGACAACGAGCUAUAUGCCUUCUCUUGUAGGAAGGCGCGGGCGGCGUCCUCAAUGACAUGCUUACUUUGGGCCUCCAAUUCUUAUCUGGUAGUGGCAGCUGCAGCAUCAUCCUUGGUGCCCUUGUUACCACCUUGCUCUAUGGUCAAUCGAGAGCAUCAUGAACCACACCUAGAUCUCGAUGACUAUGGUGGAGGUGUUAUCGUUGUUGUCGGCACUGGGUUCCUGUUCUCUAGAUACUAGAUGUGAUGGUCCUAAAUUGGUUGGAUAUGGAUUGCAUAGAUUGUAGGGAAAGGAAGGAGGAGGAUGGGGGAUGGAAGGGAGAUAGAAGCCCAUGGUUGCUUGUAUGCCGAGGGUGGCUAGCAGCAUAGGGCUAGCGCAAGGGAUGGUGGCAGCACAGGCAGGGGUAGUGGUGGCAUGGAGGGAUGGCGGACACAGGAGAGCUAAAAGCUUUGAGGAUUGAAUCAUCCACUUCUUUUCUAGAAUAUUAUGAGUACAUGACCCCUUUAUUUAUACUCCCUGUGACUUAACCCUAAGCAAUCUAGGGCUAGAGUCCUUAUAGAUUUGGACUCUCCUUUUCCUAAACAAUCUCUAUUUCAUAAACUGAAUUUAUUCUUAUCCUAUGUCUAAUUGGAGUUGGAUGCAGACUCCUUCGGGGGAGGGAGCCAUCUGAUUGUCCUAUCCAAAAAUCCAUGGAUGUCCAUAUCACAUCCAUGCUUGAUCUCAAGAAAACACACCCUAAGAGAUCAAAUUAUGUUUUGAGUUGUAAGAUGGAUCUAAUCUAUAAGGAUUGUGUACUUAGUUGUCUUAGGUAUCAAGUCGUGAGUCGGUACAAAACCAAAGGGUAUGUAAUUAUUUUGAUCAAGCGAGAAUAAAGGACUUCCUCUCCUUGUCCUUUGCUUCCUUGCAUCGACCCACUCUGGCCUCUCUUUGAUUAGCCCUGCCUAAACAUUGACCCCCUCCUAUUCUAGCUGCUGGCCACCACAACUUCCUAUGCCUUUGACAAUGGGUUGCAAGUGACUCCUAGUUCCCUGGCAGUCUCCCACCUCCUUCAGCUAUAACCUCCACUAGUUGCUUCCUAUGAUCUAGACUCUCUUGACAAUUUGGUAUCGUCAUCCAGGUCUUCAUCAACCUCGAUGGUCAACUACAGUGACUUCCUAGUUCCCAACACAUUAGGAGCACUGGGGCAUCUUCAAGAAUCCACUGAGUACACAAUGGAGAGGUUGGAGAGACUGCUUCUGGCUAUGCUCGAGACCCGCACCAAGGUUUUAAAGAAAGUGAAGGUGCACCACCAUGAUGACACCGCAGAUCGUGUUGUUUGGAGACUAAGGUUUCACAUGCUGUCCGAGUUUGAUGAGGGAAAAAGAAGUUGCCGGAAGCGUUUGGAUGGUCAUAAUAGGCGUCGAAGAAAGCCACAGCAUGAUCUGACGAAUCUAGGGGGUUUCUUUCCAUACCACCAAGUGAAUCAAUUUGAGGUCUAUCCACGAACAAUUCCAACAGUCGGCCAGAAUUCUGAUGCCAUGCACUUGGUCGGUCGUCAGCAGCCCUUCUCCAUAUCAUUCUCAAGAACACCAAAUCAGUUCCCUUUUCCACAGGGUGGCGGUAGCACGCUCCAUGCAGCCCGCCCUGGUCAUCUUCUGGCUGAAGGUAGCAGCCACACUGGAAGCAGCACAUGCAGCAACCCUCUCUCCGGCACGCUGGGCCCCGAGUGUGCUCUCUCUCUUCUGUCAUCGUCGCUGCAUCACCCCUCCGCUGCUGGCAUCCCCACCGCUGGCCAGCCCCAGGUUGCCUCUUCACUCUCUCGGAUCGCUGCUGUGUCGCAGGCUGCAACAACAGCUAUGGCCACUGCAUUCGCGGCCGGUGUUGGCCACCAUGUGUUUGUUCCUGAUGCUAUGUUUGAGGAUCCUUCACAGGCACUGCCAUUCUCUUGGCAGUAGAAUUAAAUUGUUAUGUAUUUAUGUGCUGCUGUUGGGUUCUCAAUUGAUAGUAUAGUAGUGCUGAUGGCUGGGAAUUGGGGGUACCUGUGCACUUGCAGUCGCAGACUCACACAGCCUGUGAUCGAGGUGUACAGUACAAUUGCUGUUUUCUGGAAGCAAGGAGUCGGCGGCUGUUGUGCAGAUUCUUUAGUCGAUAAGUUCAAGUGCCUCCUGUUCAAAAUUUUGUACAUUUUGUUCGUAUAUAUUUGUUUUUUCUUUUGUCGAAAUAUGUGCGUGUUAUGCAUGCACAACUAGAAUUUUCGAAUCAGGCCGCACAGUCUUGAAAGCCUUCAUUGAUAUGGGUCCACUUUAAGGAUAAA